AUGUUUUUGAUUCACAUCUAUCUAUCUAUCUAUCUAUCUAUCUAUCUAUCUAUCUAUCUAUCUAUCUAUCUCUCUCUCUCUCUCUAUAUAUAUAUAUAUAUAUAUAUCAACCAUUUCAUUUUUAUCUAUCUCAGUUCAUACCUAUCUAUCUCUUUAUCUCUCUCUCUAUCUAUCUAUAAGAAAGAUCGAGUUUGUUCACGUCUAUCUUUCUCAGUUCAUACCUAUCUAUCUAUCUCUAUCUAUCUAUCUAUCUAUCUAUCUAUCUAUCUCAAUGUCUUUUUCUUUUUUUUUUUUCUUUUUCUUUUCUUUCUCAAUCUAUCUAUCUAUCUAUCUAUCUCUCUAUCUAUCUAUCUAUCUCAAUGUCUUUCUUUUUCUUCCUUUUUUCUUUCUUUUCUUUCUUUCUCAAUCUAUCUAUCUAUCUAUCUAUCUAUCUAUCUAUCUCAAUGUCUUUCUUUUUUCUUCCUUUUUUCUUUCUUUCUUUCUUUCUCAAUCUAUCUAUCUAUCUAUCUAUCUAUCUAUCUAUCUAUCUCAAUGUCUUUCUUUUUUCUUCCUUUUUUCUUUCUUUCUUUCUUUCUCAAUCUAUCUAUCUAUCUAUCUAUCUAUCUAUCUAUCUAUCUAUCUAUCUAUCUUAACCAUCUCCUGGUGUUAUGUGUUUAUUCCCUUAGCACGGGAGCAUAA